AUGAUAUUGAUUAGUUUAAUAAAAUUGAAUAUAGUUCCAAUUGAUGUACCAACUCAACGUCUAAUGAUAACUCGUGCAUAUAGUGGUAUUCGAUUAAAAGAUAUAAUUCGUCAAAUUUAUAUAGAAUCUGGUGGUGAUAUUCGAGGUUUUUAUAAAGGUUAUUUAAUAACAUUGUCUAUAUCUCUUCCAUUUAAUUCAAUUGCUUGGACACUAUUGGAAAAUUCAAUCAAAUCUUGA